UGAAUGAUGGGUUUUAUUAUAAUUCAUAAGUUACUCAUGUUGGUGAAUAUAAAAAUGGUAGAAAGAUUGGCAAAUGGGUUAUUAUAUAUAGGGGAUUAUAGAUGUAAAAUAAUAUUGUUCUAACUAUUAACUAACUUUAGUGGUGGUGGUACUUAUGAAAUUUUCUUUACAGAAGAUUCAAUUAAGACAGGGAAGUGGAUUGAGUUGAGCGAUGGAUUUAAUGAUGAUUAAUAAAUUACUUACGUCGGUGAAUACUCGAAUAACAAAAAAUUUGGAAAAUGGGAUAGUUUCUAUAGAUUUUAUCUAUUUGAAUGGAAAAAAAUAGCCAUGUAUAUAUUCAAUAAAUGUCAGUGGUGGAGGAUCAUAUGAUGAUAAUGUAUUAGGAGAUUCUGUUAAGUUUGGUGAAUGGGUUGAAUAAAGCGAAGGGUUUAACUGGAAUUCUUAUGUUACUUAUCAUGGCAUAUAUAAAAAUGGAAAGAAAUCUGGUGAAUGGAAAGCAUGUUGGAGAAGCUAUUUUGAAAAAUGGUCGUUUAAUGUGAUGUACAUAUUAUUGAAGUAAUUAUAGUGGAGAAGGAUCAUAUGAUGAUAGUGUAAAAGGAGAUUCGGUUAAGAUUGGUUGGUCGGAUGAGUAAAGUGAAGGUUAUUAGCGAACUUCUUAGGUCACAUAUCAAGGUGAUUAUAACAACGGUAUGAAAGUUGGUAAAUGGAAUAUAAAAUUCUAGGGAUCAAAUGUGUAAGAUUUUAUAAUCUAAACAUUCUUAUUUUAGUGGAGGUGGAUUUUAUGAUAAAUAAGGAUCUAUAAAAUGUGGAGAAUGGAUAGAGUUGAGUGAUAGAUUUGGUGUUUAUUCAUUCGUUACUUA